GAAAAAAGAGCUUUUUAGAUAAUUUUUCAAGAAAGAAUUUAUAAAUAAUAUUUAUUGCUAUCCCCCAUGAUGCAUCACUACCCGCCAUUUUGUUCAGAGAGCCAAGGAAUUUCCGACGUUGAAAAGCACAAGGGAACAAUGAGUGACUUUGAGACAUCUCCACCCAAGGAAAUAGAGAUUGAUGCUGAUGGAGACGAAGGUGAAGCUCUUUUGAAAAAGUCUCCCUCGCCAGAGCCUGCUACUGAGAAGACUAAUGGUAAAGCAGACAGUGACCGCAGAGAGCGAUCUCGAUCCCAUUCGUCCCAUGGACGUCAUAGACAUAGAAGGUCAAGUCACAGACGAUACUCAAGGUCAAGAUCCAAAAGUCCAUAUUACAGCAGUAAACGACGAAGAUCUCGAUACUCUCGCAGCAGAAGUUAUAGUUAUGAUAGAGGAGAGUCUCCAUACUAUAGUGACCGUCGCAAAUCUUACUACAGAAGUCGCAGUCGUUCCCCAAUGUCUACAAGAAAACGGCAUCUUGGUGACAGGGAGCAUCCAGAAGCGAAUCGAUGUCUUGGCGUGUUUGGCUUAAGCCUGUACACCCAAGAAAGGGGGCUUCGUGAAGUGUUUGGUCGCUAUGGGCAUAUCGAUGAGGUUCAAGUGGUAUAUGAUCGGCAGACUGGUAGAUCAAGGGGAUUUGCCUUUGUCUACUUCAAGUCACCAGAAGAUGCUGUAGAGGCUAAAGACAGAUGCAAUGGCAUAGAAAUUGAUGGCCGCAGAAUUCGUGUGGACUUUUCCAUCACAGAAAGGGCUCAUACACCAACUCCUGGUAUAUACCUUGGCAAGCCAACAUCACGCAGAUCUCCUGGUCGCAGAUAUUCAUCUUCAUAUCGCCGAUCACCGUCACCCUAUUACUACAGUCGACGUUCACGUUCACGAUCAUACUCACCGCCUCGUUAAUGAAGAAAGAAAAAGAAGCGUGUGAAGAAAGAAAAAGAAAAUUCUUGAAGAUAAGCUGUAAGAGGGAGGCAACGAAAAUAUAAGGGCUGGCUAUGAAGAGAAGAACUUCGCAAGAGCGAGUUAUCUCCAGAAGAGGAGAAGAAAGCUUCUGUAGUAGACGGGGGGAAAGAAAAUGAAGGAAAUUUUUUUUAUAGAAAAUUGCCAGGUUGGAAUGAAGAUCUGAAGUGGUGUGUUGGGUUUGCUGCCCAUGAUGCAAAUGCUCAAGUUCACCCGAGCUUAAAUAGAAGGAGACAGUAGUCAUCUGAAAAGCUGCAAGACAGCAAAAAUAGAAAAUCAAAAUUUAAACAUGCGAAAUUUAGCAGCUCAAGUUUGGAUGAAUUAUGAAGAAAUGAAGAUGUUGUCCAGUUUUGUCUUGCACCUUUGGAACAGAUGAGCAGAAGAAGCCAAGGGUAUGAACAGCCUUGAACUUCAUCCUGUUCAAAGUGUGUAAGCAUGUACAAAAAUAUUUUGUGACAAAAUAGCCAUAAUGUAUUUUAGACAUUUUUAGUUAAACACUUUUCUGAAACAGAAUUAAAAUUUUAGCAUUCUGAAAGCAUAAAAUUGUUCUUCACUUAUGUAAACUGCAUGCUUAUUUUUAAACAAUUGAGUUAUUGCUAGUGUAUGCAGGAAUAAAAGCCUUCAUCAAAAGUGUAAAGCCAGCUAUUUUAAAGAAAAGUUGAAAGUAGCUUGGUAUGAAAGCACGCCCUGCUUUUUUAAAAUUAAAAGGAAAUGAUAAUGCUUUGUUUUUAAAGUAAUUUAUUUUUUGUGUUAGUUUGAGGUUGUAUUAGUAUUUACAGUGGUAAAACUAUUUUUAGAUUUGUUUCUGUAGCAGAAAUCUUUGAUAUCUUCUGCUCACCUUUCCAAUUUUCUUAAAAACUUACAGGGAAGAAACAGUUUUAUCCGAUGAUACCUUUUUUAAAUCUGCUGCAAUUAGGAUAUAUAUAUAUUGAUUAACACCUUUGUAGCAAUCGGUCUUGUAUGUAGGAGUUAAAUCCUUGAUAAAUAAAAAUGUUUCUCACAAAAAUAGUACAUGCUUACACAACCUUGUGCAGUAUUCCAGUGCAUGAUCUCAUUUUUGUCUUUUGUCUUUAAUUUGUGCAGUCAUUAGACUGAAAAAGUAAACAGGCUGAUCAAGUCAUAAGCUAUUUCUGCAUACUGUCAGGUUUUAGUAUGUUUGGUAUUUCUGUUACAGAUAUUCAAUUCCAUUAUUUUAAAUGGACAUCAGGCCAUGAAUUCAUUCAGAAGACUGGCUAAGUCUGGUAUCAAAAUGAGACUAUAAAAUAAAGGAUACAAUGAAUUUCCCAUAACCAUCUUGGACUUGAUGUUUCACAGCAAAACAGAGAAAAAAAAUCUUUUUGCAAAAGAAUAUUACACGUAAUCAAACAUUUCAGUCAGAUGAAACUAAAGAUUAACUGCAGCAAAUUGGGGGACGUAGAAAUAAAUUAGUUGUAAAUGAGUGAAGUUGGCAUUAGAAAGUCUGACUCAAAAAGUGGUCAAUAACAUAAAACCUUUAUCAUUUUGCAUGAUCGUGUGCUGUAAAAGCAUAGAAAACCUGAAACUUCAAAAGUGCUGAAAUAUUUUAUGUGACAGAACUUAACGAAACCACUCAUAGGCAACAAUCUGCCCAAGAGUGGGCUAUUUCCAGGUCCUGUCAGUUUACUAACCCAGGCUUUACUGUUGUGUGUGACAACCAAAACCCAAACACCCAACCUUCCCUUUUGUGGUGGUUAGAUGUGCACUGUUUUUCAGGUUACUCUUAGGCAAUAGAUUGCAGAUUCCUUUUCCCACUGUGUUCACUUGACUACUUGCAGAAAUCGUGAUUGCUUUUAAUGAUCUUCAGAUAAAAACCUUAUAUUUCCUUCAUCAGUUAGGUUUUUUAACCUUGAUGGUUACAUUAGUAAAUCACGUUGAGACGUCUGAACAGCUGUAGCUUUGAGUGUGGGCUUUGUAGUUGCAUUAAGAAAGUGGAGGAGGAUACAGACAGAAUAUUUUUCUUAGGUGCAGCAGAUAGUAAGACAAGCAGCAAUGUUUGUUUAUACGCUUAAUGUGUCACAGAAUUCCAUUAAACAGGAUGCAUGGAGAAAGUACUGCUAGUAUGCAGCAGAAGUCAUGAGUACUUCUUUAUUGGUAAGCAGUGGUAAGUAUUUUUUUUUUGUUAAUUUUUUUCGUUGUACCAGUUUAAAUUAUGCAUUGUGAGGUCUGACGAUCUGCUUCCCCCGUCCCAUCCAUUACACGAGAUCCCCAGUAAGUACCAGAUGGUAAUUGUGCCAAGAAUGUCUUCGUGUUACUGCUGGCAGAUUUUUUUGUGUGUAGUGCUACCUAAGACGGUUUCAAAUUGAGGUGAUAGAGUUUUCAAAGUGCAAGUAUUUAUUGUCUCCCCUUUUUCUACAGAUCUUUGGCCGAGUCGCGCAUCACCGGCAAUACCACGCUUUCUGUAGAAGCGUUCAGCUUUCUUUCCAUAUUUGAGAAAUAAAUCAUGGUUACAUUUUA